AUGCAAUUAAUCAACGCUGAUAGGCGAAAUCCAGUAUUAUUACCAGCACAGUCCAAAUUAACAACAUUAAUAUAUUUUAUGUACGAACAUUAUCGCCAGCUACAUGUAGGUCCUCAAGCUCUAUUGGCGACAAUUAGGGAUCAAUAUUGGCCAUUAAACGGCAGAAAUAUCGCCAGAUCAGUGGUAAAUAAAUGCGUUAUUUGUUUUAAACUUAAACCCUUUACAUUCGAACCAGUUAUGGGUGACCUGCCGAAAGCACGCAUGCAACCCGGCCGCGCGUUUGUGACCACUGGUAUGGAUUUUGCCGGUCCCAUAAAAAUCAAGAUAUGCGCUCGCCGAAAUGCUCCGAUAUUAAAAGCAUAUAUAUGUGUGUUCGUGUGUUUCGCCACCAAGGCAGUACACAUAGAGUUGUUCCAAGGAACAUCAAGCGAACGUUGCGUGUCCGAAGUUGGAAUAAAUUGGAAAUUCAUUCCCGUAUACAGCCCUCAUUUCGGUGGAUUGUGGGGAAGCGCCGUUAAGUCGAUAAAACAUCACUUAGUCAGGCAGCUAGGCAGUACAGCUUUAACGUUUGAAGAACUAUACACCGUAUUAAAUCGUAUAGAAGUUUGCUUAAACUCCCAUCCUUUAUCCCCGUUAUCUUCUGAUCCAUCCGACCUAAACGUGCUCACGCCUGGGCAUUUCCUUAUUGGUGGCUCUCUAACCUGUUUACCAGAUAAAGACGUGGCAAACGUGCCAACUAAUCGUCUUCGUCGCUGGUUAUUUGGUUUUACAGGAAGUGAAGUCGAGGAGAACUCGAAAAAUUUGUCAUUGAACCAGAGUAUACCUUUACAUUACAAUAGAAUUGUAUCAUACACCGAUUCAGAAAGUAUAGAAUCAGAAACUGAAAAAUCAGAUUUAGGAAAUUGA